AUAUUAAUAGUUUUUUUUUGGGCAAAUAAGAAUAUAUGAAAUCGUUUAUUUCACGACGAAUUCUCUCUUGCGCCACCGUCGUCGCUGCCGUUGACAGAGCAGAGGAUGGAGGCUCUGAUGGCUUCUUAUGGCGGAAGCUCGUCGGAUGAAGAUGUGGAUACAGUUUCCCCUUCAUCAGCAUCAGCUUCGGCUUCACUACCUCAGCUCUCCGAUGAGACUGAGAGUUUUUUACCUCUGCCUCCGCCGCCUCUUUCGCUUCUCGAUUUUCCAAAUUCCACCUCCGCUUUGGAUGAUUUACCAAUCGGUCAGGCGGCUAGGGUUCGAAGCUUCCCUCACGUUCAAGGAAAUUAUGCCCUACACCUCUAUAUCCCAGUGUACAUAACAACUAAUGCAAGGAAGGAGGUGGCGUUGUUUCUGAAGAAACUUUCCAAACUUGUGCCUGCUCUCCAUCUUGUUGAUAUUGACAUUCCUUUAGACAUUUUAUGUAAAGAUGACCACAAGCUUGAGCAAGCAUUGGCCAGAGAAUUUCACAUAAGUUUGUCAAGAACAGUGCCAAUCCGAGUACACCAGAUUGACUCAAUAGUGACAAUGCUUCGCCAGAAGCUUCAGUCUCAAAGGCGUUAUUGGAUUGAUUUUAGUAAGUGGGAGACUUUUGUUAACGAUGAUCUCUCCCGAACCUUUUUGUCAAUGGAAAUUAUUGCUGGAGGGCUAAUGGAGAUCAGAAAACAUAUCCAAGUUGUUAAUGAGGUUUAUAAGCUCCACAAUCUUCCUGAAUUUUACAAGGAAGGAAGACCACAUAUAUCUCUUGCCUGGGCAUUAGGUGACCUUAGUAAAUUAUUGAGUCAAUCAGUUCAUGAUGAAAUGAAAAAGUCCAUGGUUAAGGAAAAAUCAAAGAGAAGUAUUUUCACCGCCAAAUUCAAUGGCAUUGAAUGUAAGAUUGGUAAAAAAAUGUUUAAAAUAUGUAAAUUUCCUGAUGAAUAAGAUGAUAUUCGUGAAUUUGUAGAAGUAUCCUAUUGCUACUUUUAUCAUCUUUAAUUAUCUUUAUUUGUGAAAGCUUCAUUUCUAGGA